AUUCGUCCUUUGGAUUCUUUGUACAUCCAUAAUAUCUAUCAUGUGUUAGAUUUUUUGAAGAUAGAGAAUAGGUUGUAUCGAUAAUACUUUUGUUGUGUUAGUCCAGGCAUGAUGUAUUUUCAGUAAAUUACCAUUGGCACUAUUUCUAUACUCAUAUUUCAAUUUCUGAUUCGUUUAGCAUAAGACAAAUUUUCUGGGAAACAGACUGAUUUUAUUUACAAUAACCAAUUAAACUUCUUCAAAAUUGGGUUUCUUAGCCUUUUGUGAAAUUCGAUUUCGGCCAGUUACAGAUUGUUAGCCUAUAAAUUGUUUCAUAUUAGUUUUCAACCUUUUCAAUUUUGUAUAUGAAAUUUAUUAUAAUUCGGAUAUUAUCUCUAACGCAUUUGUCCUAGUGGAUCAGUCAAGCAAUGGGUGAUCCCACUAUUACAAGAAAUGAACUUAUUACCAUAGCAUUAAAAAUCUCUAUUUUGACUGUGGCAUCAUACUUUAGUAUAAAAUGGAUGUUAAACCAGAUGGAUCCAUCAAGAAAGCAGAAAAACAAUGCAAAAUUGAAGGCACAAAAGCAGCUUAAGAAACUUGGAGUUUUGAAAAGUACAAAUCUAACAGAAUAUGAAAUCAUGAUAGCAAGCCAUCUGGUUGUUCCGAGUGAGAUACACAUAUCUUGGGAGGACAUCGCAGGAUUGGAAGAUGUCAUUCAGGAAAUGAAGGAAACUGUCAUUCUUCCCAUCCAAAGGAAAGAUUUAUUUUCUUCUUCUCAACUUACCAGACCUCCAAAAGGUGUACUGUUGCACGGCCCCCCUGGCUGCGGGAAGACCCUGAUUGCCAAGGCCACCGCUAAGGAGGCAGGGACCAGAUUCAUCAAUCUUGAUGUGUCAGCGCUCACAGACAAGUGGUACGGUGAGAGCCAGAAGCUUGCCGGAGCUGUCUUCUCACUUGCUGUGAAACUCCAGCCGUGCAUCAUCUUCAUAGACGAAAUCGAUUCAUUCCUACGUGUGCGGAACUCACAAGACCAUGAGGCUACAGCUAUGAUGAAAGCACAGUUCAUGGCCCUGUGGGAUGGCCUCGGUACAGACCCUGACUGCACUGUUAUCAUAAUGGGAGCCACCAACCGACCGCAGGACCUGGACAAGGCGAUCCUGCGCCGCAUGCCAGCGACUUUUCAUGUCAGCCUUCCGAAAUUGCCACAACGAACAGCAAUUUUCAAGUUGAUCUUGGAUGGUGAGCCACUAUCAGGUGAUGUUGAUCCUGAGAUGCUAGCUCGACUUACAGAUGGUUUCUCUGGAUCUGACAUCCGAGAGUUAUGCAGGAAUGCGUCUGUAUACAGAGUACGAGAUUACAUGCGCACAGGAGACCUAGAUUCCAGGAAUCUUGAUCAGGAAUCUGACAAUGAAGAGUUCCACGAUGCUCUCAGACCCAUCACAAUGGAUGACCUAGUAAUGUCCUUGAAUAAGAUGAAGACAUCCAGGACAUAUUGUGCACCAUCUUCGCUCAACAAUAUACCCUUGGAUUAGACCUUAGUAAACUCAUCAGACUCAUUCAUCAUUCUUGUUGUCUAGAAGUUACAUACAGUUAUAUAAAUUUUUGUUACUCCUCAAAAAAGACGUGUAGAAAAUUUAAUUUCAUUGCUGGGCAACAGUGUUUAGUGAUUAAUACUGGUCUGUGUGUUGUGUCACAUACUGCCACUGAGGUUUUUUUAUUUUUUGUGUGUAUCUAACAUACACAAAAUAUGAAAUAUUCCUCGUUAUCGUUAGUUUUUAACCUGUAAUAAAUUUGAAAUAUGAUGUUAUGACUUAAACAUUUACACAUUGUUGUUUGGCUUUAGUAAACGUAGUUAAACAAUAAUGAAGUUUUGGAUGGAAUACUGUUGAAUUAGUUUUAAUUUUAGUUAGGAUAUCUGUGAUUCCAUCUUAGCAAUGAAAUAAAAUAGUUAAUGUUUAAUGCUUACCCAAAUAAUUAGACUUUAAGCUUCACAUUGUUCUCCUCAGUGUGUUUUUAUUUAUUUUUUUUUAAAUAAUUUAGCAGUUUUAUAAAAUAUUGCAUUUUAAGAUGCCAUUGUCUGUUAUAUUACAAAUGAGUGUUAUAUUACAAAUGAGCUGUUUAGUGUUGAAUGUUGAAAACAGUGUGGUGGACUUGUACAUAAUGAUUAUAUUAGUUGGUACUAAUGAUAAAUUUAUUUCGAUAUGAUAAUGAGUGAAAUGACACUAUAAUUUUGAAAAUGUUUAGUUUUAUUUAAAGAAAAUUGUAUUACAGGACAUUUUAAUACAGUAUUCUCUUUAUGGUAACAAUUGUUUUGUUUAAAAAAUGUAAUGAACUCCGUCAUUGUUAAAUUCAGUAAAAACAUGUUAAAUUUUUUAA